AUGUUUAUGGAAAGAAUUGAUGCGAAUUUUCGAUCUUACUUUAUUCUUUUAUGUGCUGGCCAAUGGUUUGGUAUGCAACUCAGCCAUAUAGUAACCGUAAUCACAUUGGUUACUGCUAUUCUUUCGGUAGUGUUACGUCAUACAAUCGAUCCAUCGGCAGCCGCUCUUAGCAUCACCUACUGCAUCAUUGUAACAAAUCUCUUCCAAUGGGCUGUACGACAAUCAGCCGAAGCUGAAAACCUUAUGACUAAUACUGAACGUAUUCAUGAAUAUGGUGAACUUGUGCCAGAAAGCAAUGAAAACAAUAGUAAAACUAAAGUACUCGUUCAACCACCAGAUGAUUGGUGUUCUCGUGGUAUUAUCGAAUUCAAAGACUACAGAUUUCGCUAUCGACCAGAACUGGAUCCUGCACUGAAAAGUAUUAAUCUACGAGUUGAAUCCAAGGAAAAGAUUGGAGUGAUUGGCCGAACAGGAUUUAGUUUUACUUUGAAAAUGAAAUCUUAA